AUGGAGACACUUCUUUUUCUAUUUCCUCAAUUCAACUACAUGGCCCCAAAGGAGGAAGCGUAUUUCAAAAUGCUCAGUCCAGAACACUUACAGGCACCAAAGAUGAAGGACGAUACUAGCAGACAGAAAGACAAGGAGAGGAAGAGCCGACUAAGCCUUUUUCUCACCAAGUCAGGCUCCCAUGAAAACGUCAGUCCCCAUAAAAAGACAAAUACGGCAUCCAGCAACAUCUCACCAGAGGCAGCUUUGCAAUGGAGCGACUCCUUUGAAGAACUGCUGAAGCACUCAGAUGGGGUGGAAAGCUUCUCUCAGUUCCUCAGGACAGAGUUCAGUGAGGAAAACAUCGAGUUCUGGCUGGCCUGUGAAGAAUACAAGACCAUUGAUUCAGAGACGAAGCUGCUAUCCAAAGCCAAAUAUAUUUAUACGGUUUAUAUUGAAUCGGACGCCCCUAAAGAGGUCAACAUCGACUACAACACCAAGAUGGCCAUUCAGAAGGUCAUAGCACAGCCCACAAAGAGCAGUUUUGAAGCAGCCCAGAUGAAAGUCUACAGCCUGAUGAAAAAGGACUCCUACCCCAGGUUCCUCCACUCUGACAUUUAUCUGCGUCUCACCAGGAGGAAAGGCCCCGGGGCCACCAUGUUUCGCAGAAGGUCACGCUCCUGUGUAUUCAACGACAGGGGCGAGGCCACGACUUCACCUUCGGCCUGGUAGCGGUAGCAGCGCGGGCGUAGUAAACAGAUUAUUACAAAGGAGGUGAUCCAUGAUUAGCAGCACAGUUGUUGAAAUGUAAUGUGUGGUGCGGAGGCUUAUUAUCCACAGGUUUGCUUCUACAGUGUGUUAUUUUUUUAUAACCACAGGCGUCACGGUGGAUUAUCUCACUUAGCCUACAAAGUACCACGGCAGCUUGCCAAGAGUUAUCAAAAUAAGUAUUUAGUCGUUUUGGGAAAUACGCUUAUUUUCUUUCUUGCUGAGAAUUAGAUGAGAAGAUUCAUACUACUUUAUACAUGCUUGGUACAAGAUGUACUCUAAAGAUCUUUUUUAUUUGCAAAAACAUAAGUGGAAAGGCUUUUAGUCAUUGGGGGUGAUUUUUUUUCAACGUGAUUAUUAAUAUAAUUUUUUAAAAAUGUUUUUGUCACAUGUAUCUUCACAUAGAACGGGAAUAUUACACAGUGAAAAAGCUGCAUAGUUUUUCCAAAAUAGAGUUUUCUAACAUUUUUGAGUCAUUUAUUCAUCACGUCUCCAGUGUGUACAGGCCUAGAAAAAAGACAUGUUGCUGUGUUAGGGGGGGUUAUGUGCUGGACUAUUUCUUGUCCGGAAGCAGUAACUUCUGGAGUCCGUUGCCUGAAAUUUUAGCUAGCUGUUUUGCCUCAUUUCCAGUUUUUAUGCUAAGCUAAUUCUGCUGUCUCCAGCUCAUACGUUUCUUCUUUUUCUUAUCUCAGCCAUAAAGUAAAUAAGCUUUUUUCCCAAGAUGUCAAACUAUAAGUACUGUACUACACAGCUGAGUAAAAGCUGUCACCAUUAGCCUAUCAGCCAUAAGAAUAAGUUUAGAACUGCUGUGAGGCUACUACAUCCGAACCAUGUGGUUAUUUGAAAAUAACACCCUUUUGGCCAAUCAGAGCUGAGUAUUCUCUGUGGUCACGGUAUCUCUGGACCUUUCACUUUGCACUUGUGAAACUUUUAUUUCUCUUUCUCAGAGGCGCUGCCCU